AAAAACAGCACAAAGAAAAAAGUCAGAAAAAGAGCAACCAACCUUUCAAUCAUAAUUCCAAAAAACGCAUCCUCUUCCUCCUGGAUUCUCUCUGUCGCUGCUAACCUCCAGCCGCUGCUGCCAGCUUAAGCUACAGAAACAAGGAAGGAAGGAGACACAGUUCCAGCACCACCAGCCAAACUUUCGGAGAAACAAUGGCAGUUGCAGCAAUGGCAGGGGGAGUCGAUUCGCUGAGCGACCGAGCCGCCAAGAUGAAAGAAGCUCUUCUCAAGAGCCAAACCAUCACCGAGAACGUCGUCUCCAUUCUCGGUUCCUUCGACAGCCGCCUCUCCGUCCUCGAGACCGCCAUGCGUCCCACUCAGAUUAGGACGCAUGCUAUACGAAAGGCUCAUGAGAACAUAGACAAGACUCUCAAGGCUGCUGAGGUUCUGUUGGCUGAAUUUGACGUCUCUCGACAGGCAGAGGCACAAAUAUUGAGGGGACCGCAUGAGGACCUUGAAAGUUAUCUGGAAGCUAUUGAACAGCUGAGGAAAAAUAUUCGUUUCUUCAGCAGUAACAAAAGCUUCAAGAGUGGGGAUGCAGUGCUCACUAAUGCAAAUAACUUACUAGCUAAGGCCAUAUCAAAGCUAGAGGAUGAAUUUAAGCAGCUACUAGCGUCUUACAGCAAACCCGUCGAGCCUGAUCGUCUUUUUGAGUGCCUUCCAGAAUCAAUGCGACCUUCUGCUGGAUCCCCUGCAAACCACGGCGACCCUAAUGGCUUAGGUCCUCAUUCCCAUAACCAUUCUGAGCAGCAGAACAGUAAUGCGGAGGCUGCAAGUUUUAAACCCCUUGUCCUGAUACCCCCAAGAACUGUUCCUUUGCUACAUGAUCUUGCCGUACAUAUGGUUCAAGCUGGGCACCAGCAGCAAUUGUUGAAGACUUACAGGGAUACACGAUCCUCAGUUUUGGAAGAAAGCCUUAGGAAACUGGGGGUUGAGAGACUGAGUAAGGAAGAUGUUCAAAAGAUGCAAUGGGAGGUCUUGGAAGCAAAGAUUGGAAAUUGGAUUCACUUCAUGCGGAUAGCAGUCAAGGUCUUGUUUGCUGGUGAAAGGAGACUUUGCGAUCAAAUCUUCGAUGGCUUUGAUUCUCUUCGAGAUCAAUGUUUUGCCGAAAGCACAGGCAAUAAUGUGUCAAUGCUUCUCAGUUUUGGAGAAGCCAUAACCAAAAGCAAGAGAUCACCAGAGAAAUUGUUCGUGCUUCUAGACAUGUAUGAGAUUAUGCGAGAACUUCACUCGGAGAUUGAGUCAGUUUUCGGCGGUAAAGUUUGUGCUGAAAUUAGGGAAUCUACAUUUGGUUUGACAAAGAGGCUUGCCCAGACAGCUCAAGAAACUUUUGGCGAUUUUGAAGAAGCUGUUGAGAAGGAUGCAACUAAAACAGCUGUACUGGAUGGAACUGUUCAUCCCCUGACUAGCUAUGUUAUUAACUAUGUAAAAUUCCUUUUCGACUACCAAUCGACGUUAAAUCAACUCUUCCAAGAAUUUGAAACUGGGGGAGAGACAGUGUCACAGUUAGCUACAGUGACCAUGCGGAUAAUGCAGGCUCUUCAAACCAAUUUGGAUGGAAAGUCUAGGCAGUAUAAGGAUCAAGCUUUGACGCACCUGUUUCUGAUGAACAAUAUUCACUAUAUGGUCAGAUCUGUCCGCAGAUCCGAAGCCAAGGACUUGUUGGGAGACGAUUGGGUUCAACGACACAGAAGAGUUGUGCAGCAGCAUGCAAAUCAAUACAAAAGAACUGGUUGGGGAAAGGUGCUCUUCUCUCUUCUCCAUAUCAAGUUUGAGUGCCUUUUCAUUAUAAGGAUAAUUAAAUGCGUUGAGGAGAAUCUGGCUCAUGGAGUAGUGAACCUUUUCCAGAUUCUUCAAUGUCUCUCUGCUCAAGGUCUAACUUCAUCUGGAGGAAGUUCUUCAGCACCUGGUGAGAGUGGAAGUGGCAGUGGUGCUUCAAGGGGAUUGGUUAAAGAGAGGUUCAAGGUCUUCAAUACACAGUUUGAGGAACUCCACCAAAAACAAUCUCAGUGGACGGUACCUGACACCGAGCUGCGAGAAUCUCUGAGGCUUGCAGUCGCUGAAGUCUUGUUACCUGCCUACAGAUCUUUUGUAAAACGUUUUGGGCCACUAGUCGAGAGCGGGAAGAACCCACAGAAGUACAUCAAGUACUCAGCCGAGGACCUGGAGAGAAUGCUGGGUGAGUUUUUUGAGGGCAAGACGCUGAAUGAGCCGCGGCGGUAGACGCUCAAGACACUCAGACCACCACACCGGUUUCCCUUUCCUAUUAUACCUUUUGCUGUUGUAAAUUGAUGGAAAGACUGGGACUCUGGGUACUCUAGCUGCUAUAGUGUCCGCUAUCUCCUCCUCGUUGGCCCUCGUUUCCUAAUUCGGCUGCGGAUUGGGGCUGGGUCUCGGGUAUGUAUCCAUCCUGGUUAUUGUUUGUUAUGUAAAGGUAGAGGAAUGCCAGAAUGUUCGUUUAUUCUUUGGGUGAGGAUUGUGGAAGAUAAAGCCAGACCAGGCCCCAGGCGACAUCUCUGCUUGGGCUGUGAGAAAUUGAGAAGCAGCACCCUAAAACGACUUCGGAUCUUACGGUGUAGAUUGUGAAGAGUAUAUCUUUCUUGUGUUUCCUGUACUCCUUAUUGGUGUAUGUACAUUAUGUAAGGACAUGAUUUGCAUCUGGUUCCUUACAUCUCCUUACUGCUGUUUCAAAAGGGUUAUAGUGUCGGGAAUGGUCUUAUAACCAUUGUUCAUUUGUUUAGAGUUGCAUCGGAGAUCCUAUCGAUUAAGUUGAUUGAAUGAUAUUUAGUGAUAAA